AUGACGGCACAACGCGAUCGUCGCGACGACAAUGUCGAAUUGUUACCUUUAAAAUCUAUGCUAGUGAAUAAUAAUUACAGGGAAGAUGAAGUGUACUAUCCUCCGGCUCCAGCCCUUAAUAAUAAUCCGUCGAGUUCUAAUCUUAACGACUAUACGCUCCUGUCUAAACGCACGCCGGCCUCAAAGCGGCUUUUAUCAAGAAAUGCUCAGCCGUCGACGAUGCCACCACUGUUGACACUGUGUGGUGCUCCUCCGCCUUCUAGAAAACGGGAGGAGAUAGCAGCUCUUGCUAAUUUGAGGAAAAAAGUGGCUCCUGCACUCUUACGUCAUGAUAGGAGGGCAAUAAAAAACAACAACGACCCUGCAGAUAAUGAAACGGAGCCGCUUGAUAACCGACCCAAAUUGUUACAAAAGGUACUACGAACAAGGCCUGUUAGUAUGGUGGUGCAGUGGAGUGAGGUGAGGACAGCGUGGCAGGACAGCGAUUUUAUUACGGAAUGUCUGUGCUGGCAUAACGUCUACCGGCAGAGGCAUGGAGCUCCCCAAUUGUAUAUGGCGCCUGAGUUGUGUGACUAUGCUCAGGCUUGGGCAAAUCAUCUUGCACACACCAACAAGUUUCACUACAGGAACGACAGAGAUGUCGGACAAAACCUCUACCAGCGACCUGUGAGCGAUAUACAACCAGAUAUUACAGGGCAAGAAGUGUCAUCAUAUUGGUACGCAGCGGUGCGUCAAUACAGGUUUUUCAAAGAGCCAGAUGUUCUCCAUGCUAAUGUUAAUGCGGGUCACUUUACCCAAAUGGUGUGGAUAUCGACUCGCUACUUUGGUGUCGGAAAAGCGCGUUCCCGCGCUGGAAAAGUAAUAGUGGUGGCUAACUAUUCACCACCUGGCAAUAGUUCAGGCCAAUUCGAGACCAAUGUGCUUCCACCGCUUCCGGACAACACUCCCGAAUUACCCCCAGAACAGUGA